GGCUAUGUGCAUUCAUACCAAUAAAUGCGAAAAUUUCAGCAUUUUCAUUGUUUAUUCUUUAAUUUUGUUUGAAAAAUAAAAUAAAAUAACCAAAAAAAAAAUGAUAUAAAAAUUGUCAUAAACGUUUGUGGUGCCAAAUCAAAGUCAAAGUACAAAAAAUAGCAUAAGCACUUGAACUGAUAAAACGAACGUCUGCGAUAAGAAAUAAUCGAAUUGAAUCGUAUACAAAAUCAACAACCGAAUCGAGAACUUUGUUCAAAACUCUGUUAUAGCUCCAGUUGAGCAAAUUUUUGAUCAAAAAUGUCAUCCAACGCAUUCAAUGCAAUAACACGACAAAUAAAUUGUUUAUUUGGCAACAAGGAACCAUGGCAGGUGGCAUCGAUUACAGCUAUAUCGCUAAUGACCGUCAUAUGGCUUUUGGAGCAAAUUGACCACGAUGAAAGUAUAAGCUCACGAGCGAAAAACAAGUUCUUUAAGCUAAUGCGGUUGUUGCCGCAAGUACAACGUAAAAUCGAUACUGAAGUAUCGAAGGUAUCCGCUGGAAUGGAAAAAUCCGUUCAAGAUCGAACCGCUCACAUGGAAUACUAUUCGACAUUACCAUUGCUUGGACUAUCCAAUGAAGAGUUGCUAGAAGAGGUGGAUAAAUAUUUGUCGCUCGGCGAAUAUAAAUGGAAAGAAGGCCGGGUUUCUGGUGCCGUUUACAAUUUUAAUGAACAACUAUGCGAAUUGAUGUCAAUAGUCUAUCAGAAAACUGCAUACACAAAUCCAUUACAUGCGGACAUUUUUCCCGGCAUCAAUAAAAUGGAAGCCGAAGUUGUACGAAUGUGCGCUACAAUGUUCAAUGGCGACGAAAACACCGUGGGAACGAUGACCACCGGUGGCACAGAGUCAUUGAUUAUGGCAUGCAAAGCGUAUCGUGAUUAUGCCCGUGAAGUUAAAGGAAUUUACAAGGCAAAUAUUGUGAUGCCCCGUACUGCACAUGCCGGUUUCGAUAAAGCCGCACAGUAUUUCAACAUUCACAUCAAUUACGCGGACAUUGAUCCAAUUACAACCAAAGUGAAUAUGAAGCAAAUGGCCGCGAAGAUAAACAAAAACACAAUCAUGUUGAUUGGCUCAGCACCAAAUUUCCCGUAUGGAACCAUGGAUGACAUCCAAGCAAUUGCUGCAUUGGGGCUAAAAUAUAAAAUCCCUGUACAUGUCGAUGCAUGUUUGGGUGGAUUCUUAAUUCCAUUCAUGAAACGAGCCGGAUAUCCAUUGCCACCAUUUGAUUUUCGUGUUAAAGGUGUCACAAGCAUAUCAGCCGAUCCACAUAAGUAUGGAUUCACUCCAAAGGGGUGCAGCAUUAUAUUGUAUUCGGACAAAAAGUAUCGUCAUCAUCAAUACACAAUGACAACCGAUUGGCCGGGCGGUGUUUAUGGAUCGCCAACGGUGAAUGGAUCACGUGCUGGUGGUUCGAUAGCUGCAUGUUGGGCAACAAUGCUUCAUUUUGGUAUUGAUGGUUAUGUAGAGGCGACAAAACGUGUCAUCGACACAACACGUUACAUCGAACGUCAUUUGCGACAAAUCAAAGGCAUUUUUAUUUUUGGCACACCAGCCACGUCUGUAAUUGCACUUGGCUCACGUGAAUUUGACAUUUUUCGUUUGACCGAUGCAAUGUGUUCAUUUGGUUGGAAUUUAAACACACUUCAAUUUCCGUCCGGAAUUCACAUUUGCGUGACAAUGCUGCAUACAAUGGAUGGCAUGGCUGAUAAGUUUAUCAAAGAUAUUAAAGCAGCUGUUGGUGAAAUCAUGAAAAAUCCAGGAAAACCCGUCGAAGGAAAGAUGGCGUUGUAUGGCCAGGCACAAACUCUAUCUGAUCGAUCACUAGUUGCAGACAUCACACGUUGCUUCAUCGAUUCAAUGUAUUAUACACCGGGGGCCGCUAUCAAAAAUGGCAAAUGAUCCAAACUGUACCUUCCAUUAAUCAGGUCUACUUAAGGCGGAUUAGCAUUUUUUUUCUUCCUCACUGUGUUUGUUUUGACAUAUACACAUGGUGUGUGAAAAAGCAAUUUGGUGCCAUUUCCGACCAAUCAAAUUGGUUGCAUUGAAACUGUUAUAGCUUUUUUGUAUUAGAGAGACCUAUUUAAUAUUGCAAAUAGUCCAUAUUUUAUGUAAUGAUCAAAGAGAAUUGUGCUUAUCUUAAAGAUGCAUUUAUAUAUUUACAUGAAAAUUGAUGUCUAACAGUUACAGAAUUAAAAAGAAUUAUUGAAAUAUAUUGAUGUAUUAUUAGAGAAAAAGAGUAAUAAACUAUUUAUGAUUUGUUAGAAAUACUUGAUGACAACGUA